AUGGAGGCCGGCCGCCGCCGUGAGGCGAUUUCCGGCGGCGGUUCCAGGCGGAGGAGGGUGGCGUUACGCUUCAGUGCUACAAGGAUUUCUAAUUCAAUCCCUCGCAUGCUUAACUGGUCAGCUAGUAAGGGUCAGAUUUGGUUAGCCGCAAUUGAAGACACAAUGAUCAAGCCUGAAUGGAUGAAGUUCACCAGCAUAAAUGAAUCGCCUGAAGAGCUUUCAGUUAUGUCUUUGCCUGAUAAAGUUGAGUACAAAAUUGAAGAGGUUGAACAUAUUUCUGAGGAUCCCAAAGUUGAUGCUCCUCCAUUGGAACCCAAACAAUCAAUUGGAAAAGAGGACAAUGAGUCUAUUCUUCGUAAAAUAAGAAAGUUAAAAAGAGGUCUUGAGGAGGUCGAUGAAAAGAUUGCAGAUUUUAGGAAAGAUGUCUUUGAAGAACUAGGUAGCCUUCGAGUGCUAAUAAAUGAGUCAGUCAACACUGUUUUGCAGGUGUUAAAUAGUCGAAAUGAUCAAGUUGAUGCAAAGUUUGCUGGGAGUUCAACCAAAAAUACUGACCAACCAAAAGACAAUAACAAUCAGCAAUUUCAGUUCACUAGUGGAGAACCAGUGCAGGCCAGCACCAGCAAAACAGAACAUAUUGAAGGUGCACUUGGUGAAGAAAAUCAUCCAGCACGUGUUGAUUUAUAUACACAUUUUGAAGGCGCAGUUGAUGAAGAGAAUGCAGAGAGGGAAGAUAUGCAUGCACAAUCUCCAAUUCACGGAGUGACAGUAGCAGCUCAAAGAGAACAACAGAAUGAGGAAGAUGACAAUGUAGGUGAAGAGGCAGAGUAUGUGAAUGUAGGUGAUUCAGAAGACUCCGGAGGUGAGAAGAAGGAGAUUACACUUGAUGAUUUCGAGCUGCCUGAUAACUUCUCCCAAUUGGUUAAGCUCGGCGAGCCUAUACAAGAUGAAACAACACCCCUGCAUCAAGUUCUAGUGGCAGCACCCUCGGUUGGACCUCAAAUUUUUCACCUCAAGCACCCAUUUACUAGUGUUAUUGGUCAAGAUGUAGAUCCUGAGUUGUUGGAUCAAUUCAACAAGUGGUUAUACCACGGUACCGACACAGGUUCAAAGAGGAGGAAGGCUCCGUAUUCUAUAAAGGACAACCAAAUUAAGCCAUGGUUAGAUCUUGGAGUGGAAAAGGUUGACAAGAAGGAGUGGUUCUUUUCCCUGGCACACCCUGGACAAGUCCUUAAUGACUCGCACAUUAAUGUUAUAAUGUAUUACUUGAGGAAAAGAGGCAAGUAUGGCCCCCACAAUAAGACCAGGUUUACUACAACAGAUUGUUUGUUCAAGACUAGGAUUGAACAAAUUUAUGAAAAGUUCCAAAAUUCUCCUCAAGAAAAGAAGUUUUCUGUUGUCAAACCCCAGGACAUUGUAGCGAAAUAUAUAUUGGGAUAUAGACUACUCGCAAAUGUUGCAUGGAAUGAAGUUGAUUAUGUCAUCAUGCCCGUCAACAUUGUAGAAAAAUUCCACUGGUUGUUGGUUGUUUUUGACAUUGCAGACAGGCAACUUUAUGUGUAUGAUUCCAUGGUCUCUUCACGCAAUCAUCCUAUUGUUGAAUCUUGUGUCGACAAGUUUUCUGUUAUUAUCCCUUUGUAUUUGUCAUGCACUGGUUUUUAUGGGAAGCGUAAAGAUAUCAACUUCAAGAAUACAAAGGCAUACAUUGAGACUGUUGUUACCGACCCUCUUAAUAUUUACGAUUGUGGUGUAUUUGUUGUUGCCUUUGCAGAGUAUGCUAGUCUUGGAGACUUAAUUCCGGAAGAAGACCUUUUUGAUAUUGACCAACAUCGUAGACGCUAUGGAGCGCUACUUUGGGACUAUGCUAGAAAGAAGCAGGAGCAUGGGGCAAUUAGUGAUAGUGAGGUGACAAGCAAAUUGGCAAGGAGAAAAUGUGCACCAGCUUUGAAUGAGAAAACACGAGUCCAUAGGAAGAAAAAGUAG